AUGGAAUAUUUUAUAGGAUAUGAAGAAACCUUUAAAGAAAUUGAAAAAUUUGGUAAAGAAUAUCCAAAAGAAAAAUUAUUAAAAUUUAUUAGAGAGUUUUCAUUAAAUUGGGUAAAUCAAAGAGAUAUUUCAAAUGAACAAUUAAAAAUAUUAAAGAAAUCUUUAAAUGAUCUCAUUGAAAAUGAUAAAGAAAGAACAUUAUUAGAAAAUAGAAUAAUUCAAAUGUGUCCAAACUAUGUUAUAGCUAAUUUUAGUGUUGAUGAAUAUCCUAAAAUUUAUUUAGAAUUUAUUAAAGAUUAUUUAACAUGUAAUGAAAGUUUAAACCUUUUUGGUAAAGUUGGUAAUAUUUUAGUAUUAUUAAAAAAGAAUUUAAAAAAUUUUAAUAAGAAAUUAUCAAUUGAAAUUAUAAAUUUAUUAUUUGAAUUAAAUCAUAAUUUAAUAAAUAAAGAAAAAGGAAAAGAAAAAGAAAUUUCAGAUGAUAGUAAUAGUAAUAAUAAUAAUAAUAAUAAUGAAGAAAUUUUAAUUGAAAAUGAAAUGGGAAAUUCUAAAUUAUUAGAUUCAAUUAGUUUAUUAAAUUGUUUAUUAUUAUUUAAAGAAAUAAUUGGUAAAGAAGGAUAUCAAGGUGAAAUUAAAGAGAAUAUUUUAACUUUAUUUAAUGGUUUAUAUGAAUUAAUUAUACCAACUGAUGAUGAAGUUGAAAGAUUUGGAAUUUCAAUACCAUUUGAAAAUUUAAUAUUUUUAAUAACCUUAUUUCAAGAUUACCCAAAUAGAGCAGUUUAUUUGAAUUUAUUAUUAAAAUUUGUAUAUUUUUUUGAAUGUAUUCAAACCACACGAUAUUUUCAAAUUAAAUAUCAAAAUGAAUUAUUAGAAGCUAUAAAUUGUGAAAAAGUAUUAUUUGGUAAAAAAGAAUCAUUCCCAUUGGUUCAAUCAUUAGUUGAACAAUUAUUAAAACAUUGUAAAUUUGAUGUUUUUAAAUUACAAGGUUUUUUAAUAUCAAUUAAUAGAAAUAGUUAUAAUGAAUAUUUUAAAUAUAUUUUCUCAAUAGUUGAAUUUGAUUUAAUUUUACCAAUAAUUCAAUCAUCAUUUCCAACUAUAAAUGGAAAACAAAUUAUAAAAGAAAUUUUAGAAAAUAAAAAUUUUGAAUUUCAACUUUCAAAUAAUAAUAAUUCAAAUAAUAAUAAUAAUAAUAAUUUAAAUAAUAAUAAUUCAAAUAAUAAUAAUAAUAAUACAGAUAAUAAUAAUAAUAAUAUUUUCACUAAUAUUAUUGGUAUUGAUGAAGGUGAAAUUCAUAAUAUUGGUAUUGGUGUUAGUGGUGUUGGUAAUAGUGAUUUUAUUAAAUUAGUUGAUAGAUUUGAUAAAUCGUUAGAAUCAUUCUUUAGAAUUGAAAAUUAUUAUAAAGGUGCAAAUAGUAAAGUUGAGAAAAAGUUUUUAAAGAAAACUUAUGAAGAAAUUUUCAAACAAUUAAAUGAAACUAAAUCAAUCAAUUCAUCAAGUUAUUUAGAGUCUUUAUUUUUUAAAUUGGAUCAAUUUCCAAUUAAAUUUAAAUUUAUAAAAAAAAGAUUAAAUUUUAUUUUAUCACAAUUGGAUUUAUAUUCAAUUAAUAAUAUUUUAAAUAAUAAUAAUAAUGUAUUAAAAAAUGAAAUUUUAGAAAAUUCAAUUUAUAUUGAAAAAGUUAGAUUGGAGAAUGAAAGAAAAGAGAAAUUACCAAGUUUUGAAAUUGAGUCAUUGGAUAUGAUGCCAGUUGAAAUUAUUGAAUACAUAGUAAAGUUUUUAAUUGAUAGUCCAGAAAUGGAUCAGUGUAGGAAAUUUCAAUUAUCUUUACUUUCGAAAGAUUUCUUUAGAAUGGUGCAAUCGAUAAUGAAUAGGUCAAUUGAUAAUCCGAUUGAGUUGAAGUUUAAUCAUUUCUUUCAUCACGGUACAAAUGGUGAUGAUGAUGAAUUUAAUUUAUUACAAAAGAAACAAGUCUCAUAUUUAAAGUAUUGGUCUAGACCGCAUUAUAUUGAAACCGAUGAUUUCGAUAGUUUUCUAUACAGGUUGAAUGUGGUUGACAGUUUUAGAGAUUGGGGUCACAUCAUUAGUUAUACCAAUCAAUUGAAAUUGGUUGCGUUCGAUUUCCAAGGUGAAUUAGACCACAUCUAUUUAGAUUAUUUAAAAAGUAAUAAAACUAUUCAAAAAUUAAUCAUUAGAACUACUUCAACAAAUGCAAAUCAAUUAUCUCAACAAAUUAUUGAAAUGGUGAAUGAGAAACAACAAGUUGACAUUCAUUUACAUAUUGAUGUAAAAGAGGAAGAACCAAAUAUAAACUAUAGAAUUAACUUUGAUUUAAUUCAAGGUUGUACUGUUGGUAUUGGUCAAUUCUUUGAUGAAGAUUUCUAUAAGAAUUGUUUACCAAAAAUAAAAGAACUCACUAUACUAAUUGAACAAUGGGAUCCACAUAAUAGUUCUUCCUUUGAAACUGUACCAAUUAUUGAUACAUUUUUAAAGAAUAUUAAAUCAACAACAACAACGCCAACACCAUCCCCAACAUCAUUUUCACUAAAUCUUUCAAAUUUAACAAAUCUAACAUUUCAAUUCAAUACAUUUGAUUCAGGUUUUGAUUAUUUUGAUAAAUUAAUUAAAUUAUUUAUUGGAAAUGCUUCAAAUUUAAAAACUAUAACUUUUGAAAAUCCUGGAGGUGGCGAUAGAUGUAGUAAACCUAAAAAAGUUAUUGCAAAUAUUUUAAAAUCUGUAUCUUUUCAAGCUCAACACUUUCCUUCUUUAUCUUUCAUUAAAAUAUUUAAAUCUUCAAACAUUACAAUGUUUGAAGAUUUAAAUGAUGAAAAGGAUUGGUAUAAAAUUAAUACUUUUAAAUUUUUACCAGAACCAAAUUUUAUUAUUUUUAAUUUAAUUAAAAAUAAUAAUAAUAAUAAUAGUAAAAGAAAAUUUGAAGAGAUAUAA